UUCCUCGUUUCCAACGCCAACAAACCAACCAACCAACCAAAAACGGCUGACACGCAGGACAGCAGCAGCGACCUUGUUGCAUUGAGCAUUGAUGUUGUGAGAGACCUGCCAGCUUCCAACACACACACACACACACACACACACACACACACACACACACACACGUAUACACACACGUAUACACACACAUACACGUAGCUCCUCUUUGCUGCACGAUCAGCAGCGGUAGAGAUGGAGCCACACAUCCCCACACGCGUAGUGGAUCGCAUCCAGGUGUCGCGAAACAAGUUCAGCUUCUCAAGCGCAGCCCCACCUCCCAGCUUCCUGCAAAAGUCCUCUGGCCGGAGGCAUCACAGAGAUGAAUCACCACAGCUGUAUGACUCCCAUGUUCCUCGCGGCUUGAGGAAGACAACGGUGCCACAGAUGCUCAACAGGGAUGGAAGGUUGCCGCCGUAUGAUCCCCUGAGUGACCCCCACCUCUCCGAUUACUUUGCGCGCAAGUUCGGCUGGACAGCGGCGGUGGAGCCGCCACGCAAGCGGCCCAUGCCAUAUGGCUCCGGGCCCACAUCCGCUACAUCUGCUCGGCGCCGUGGCGGUCCCGCCUACCCGGCAUCCUCCUCCUCCACAGGUACAAGACGGGGGAGGCCACACGCGCACCGGGGCACAAAGGGCGCUGGUCGGCCAACCGUCACCUACAGCGUUGAACUGCACACAUCAUCCCAGUCAAGCAAAGCCAGCAAAUCAGAGAAAUCCAUUCGGCUGAUUGGCACAAAGGGCAAGUCUGACAAGGUGCGGCUGGCGGGACCGGGUGUCCACUUCAAAGCUGGCAGCAAAGACAAAUUCCAGAUCACCUGCCCCUCCGUGGGACAGCUCACAAAGGUCGUGCUUGAGAACCACUGUCAGCACAAGAAGGAAGCGUGGAACGUGGGCCAAGUUGUGGUGAAGCGAAAGAGCAACAAGCCAAAGACAUGGCGCAUCCCAGCCCGCUGCUGGCUCAGCCAAUUUCACGGCGACGGAAAAACGAAGCGGACACUCCACGUGUCUGAGGGCGGCGGCGGUGACGGCUCAUCGACAUACGAUGUGGAGGUUUACACGGGUGACAAGUUUGGCGCCGGCACGGACGCGCGUGUGUAUGUGACGCUGAUCGGGGACAAAGGAACCUCACCCCGCAUCGAGCUGACGGGCAAAGGCGACCUGUUUGAGCGAGCACAGACAGACAGAUUCACCAUCGACACGCCUCGACUUGGCAAGCUGAAGCAGUGCCAUGUUGAGCACGACAACUCGGGCAUCUCGCCAGGCUGGCUGCUCGAUCGCAUUGUCGUCACGCACGCGCGUACGGGAAGCCGCUACGUGUUUCCUUGCAACGACUGGCUCUCACGCAAGAACGGCCUGUUCAAAGAGCUCUCGCCAGACAAGUCGUCCGGUUCGCGUGCGGGCAUGACCGAUUACGUCAUCCACACAUACACGGGCGAUCGACGUGGCGCCGGCACAGAUGCAACCGUUUCAAUCAUUCUCUUUGGAGAAAACGGCCAGACAGGCCCGCAUCGUCUCGACAACUCCCGCAAUAACUUUGAGCGCGGAAGAGAGGACCGGUUCACCGUCAACGCUCCAAACAUCGGCAAAUUGGAGCGGAUUCGCAUUUUCCACGACAACGGCGGCUUUGGUCCAGGAUGGUUCCUGGAUCGCGUGCGCAUUUUGAAUUCCGUCACCACCGAGGAGAUGGAGUUUCCCUGCAACAGGUGGCUCAGCAAGGACGAGGACGACGGAGAAAUCUCUCGCGAGCUCUUGCCAAUCGCGAUUUCCACAUUUGGCACUGUGCCAUACAAGCUUCUGGUUCGCACGGGCAACAAGGCUCUCGCUGGCACUUCCGCCAACGUCUACUGCAAGCUCAGCGGCAAGCGAGGGGAUACGGGCAAGAUUCCACUGAGCAACGACCGGCGCAACUUCACGCAGGGCCGCGCGGACAAUUUCGUGUUGGAUGCAGAAGAUCUUGGCAAGCUCACCGCCAUUGAGAUUGGACAUGACAACACGGGGCUCGGGCCUGGCUGGUACUGCGAGGAACUCGUGGUGGAGAAUCCAAUCAAGGGCAGGCGCUACACUGUGCCCGUCAACGAAUGGUUCUCAAUGGACGAGGGCGACGGUCGCGUUGCGCGGCGGUUUGAGCUGACGCGCGACAUGGUGACGCGCAUCCACAAGAAGAGCGUGUGGCUGUGCACGGUGAAGACGUCUGAUGUCCGUUUCGCCGGAACAGAUGCGAAUGUGUCUGUGCAGAUCUAUGGCGAGGACGGGCAGAGUGACAUCAUCCCACUCGGUAACAAGUCAGACAACUUUGAGCGGAACCAAGUUGAUGAGUUCAAGCUGGAGUUCUUUGACAUUGGCGUUCUGCGCAAGCUGCGCGUCUGGCACGACAACAAGGGUAUGGGUGCUGCGUGGCAUUUGGAGUCCAUCACUCUCCAGCACGUUGACUCCGGAGACGAGUACGUGUUUGAGUGCGGCCGCUGGCUUGCGCGCGAUGAGGACGACGGCGAAAUUGUCCGUGAGCUCGUGGCGACGGGAAAACGCGUCAAGACCACGCCCAUCCUCAUCGACUACGACGUGCACGUGUUCACGGGUCACAAGUUCAACGCCGGCACCGACGCCAAUGUGUACGUCACCAUGUACGGGUCCAAAGGCGACACCGGCAAGCGGGAGCUGCGCCGGUCCUCGACACACCGCAACAAAUUCAGGCGCGGAAAAGAGGACAUUUUCACCGUCAACGCCGUGGACCUUGGGGACCUGAGCAAGAUUGUGAUUGGACAUGACAACGCUGGCGCUGGUCCAGGCUGGUUCCUGGAGAAGGUGGACAUUUUGAAUCCUUCCACGGGCGACAUUGUGACGUUUCCGUGCCACCGCUGGUUCUGCAAGGAUGAGGACGACGGCCACAUUGAGCGGACACUGACUGUUCUCGGCGCAGACGGCAUGACGGACAGCACCAUCUCCUACAUCGUCCGUGUUGCAACCGGUGACGUGCGUGGUGCAGGCACAAACGCAGGCGUGUACCUGACGCUGUUCGGGGCAGACGGUGAUUCUGGACAGGUCCGCCUACACAAAUCAGAGACGUUCAAGGACCCCUUUGAACGCAAUCACGUGGAUGUGUUUCGAUUGGAGCUCACGGACUUGGGCGAGCUUCAACGGUGUAUUGUUGGCCACAACAACAAAGGUGCCGGCAGUGCGUGGUUCCUUGAUGACAUCACUGUUGAGGUGCCCUCGCUCGGCCGCACAUACAAGUUCCCCUGCAACCGCUGGCUCUCCAAGUCCGAUGAUGACGGUCUGACUGAGCGCGAGUUGUAUGCGGACAAAAGCGAGACGGUGGAGCACGAUGAGCACGCGAGCAUGCUCGUUCGCGUGCGCACCUCUGAUGUCUUUGGUGCAGGCACCGACGCAAAGGUGUUUAUCUCGAUUUACGGCGACAAGGGCAAGACUGAAGAGAUUUUGCUCAGCAACAAGUCCAACAACUUUGAGCGCAACAAAGUGGACGAGUUCAAGAUCACGUGUGCGGACGUGGGCAAAGUGGAGAAGAUUCGACUCGGCCACGACAACCGUGGCGUUGGCUCUGACUGGCACGUGCACUCUGUUGAGCUGCACGACUUGAAGGAGUCCAUCAUCUACACGUGUCUGAUUGAGCAGUGGUUGAAGAAGACCAAAGGCAGCAAGCGCGUUGUCAUUGAGGCGCCCGUGACAAAGGUUGAGGAGGUUGAGGAUGGACAGCGCAACGUGUUGGAGCAGAGCACACGCGACGAAUGCAUGGUGCCGUAUUCCGUUGCCGUGCACACGAGUGAUGUGUUUGGCGCCGGCACGGACGCGAAUGUCUUCAUCAUCCUAUAUGGCGAGAACGGCGAUACGGGCGAACGCCACCUCAACCACUCUUCAACACAUAUGAACAAGUUUGAGCGCGGCAACGUGGACGUGUUUGAGGUGCCUGCUGUCAACUUGGGCGCCCUGAAGCGGCUGCGUGUGUGGCACGACAACCGUGGCGGCGGCGCUGCCUGGCACCUGAACAAGGUGGUUGUGACUGACCCCGGUGACGAUGGAAAGGAGUACACGUUCAUGUGUGACGAGUGGCUCUCGCGCUCACACGCCGACAAGAAGACGUCACGCGAGCUUGGCGUGCAAGAAGAUGUUCCCGAGGAGUUGCGAACAAAGGCCGUCACCACCACGUACAACGUCGCCGUGCACACAGCAGACAAACGGUAUGCUGGGACGGACGCAAACGUAUACAUUUGCUUAUACGGCGAGAAGGGCGACACAGGCAAAGUCCCGCUCACCGACUCUCUUACACACCGCAACAAGUGGGAGCGCGGGAAUGUGGACAAGUUCAAGGUUGAAGCGGUUGACAUUGGAGAGCUUCAAAAGAUCUUGAUUGGGCACGACGGGUCUGGUCCCGGUGCGGGCUGGUGUCUCGAUAAGGUUGAGAUUGACUGCCCACUGCUUGGACGCUCGUGGGUGUUCAACUCGGGCGAGUGGCUGGACAAAUCCUCCGGUGACGGCUCGCUGGAACGCGUGCUCAUGCCGAGCGAAGACGACACGCAAGAGUACGAUGCCAAGGUCCCGUAUGAGGUUGUUGUUCGCACGUCGGACAUUAAGGGUGCUGGCACCGACUCACGCGUGUUUAUGGAAGUGUACGGGCACACGAAAGACGGCGAGGACAAGAGCUGUCGCUACGAGUUCCCAACAGAGAAGCGGCUCUUUGAGCGUGGCAGCGUCGAUCGGUUCAACAUUGAGUUGGAUGACGUGGGCACGCCGUUCAAGAUCCGCAUUGGUCACGACAACCGCGGCAUGUUCUCUCGCUGGCACCUCGACAGCGUCACGCUCAUCAACCAGAACACAAAAGAGGCAUUUGAGCUGCCGUGUGGCGAGUGGUUUGGCAAAGGUGGCGACGACAAGCUUGUGCGUGAGCUCCCUGUCGCCGAAAGCAAGGGCCUGUCACGAAAGGGAACAGUCGUGAGUCGUGGCUCUGCGGCGCUGCGUCAAGUUGACUACACCAUCCGCGUCUUCACUGGCGAUGUGUCUGGAGCCGGCACAGAUGCAGGUGUUUCGAUCAUUGUGUAUGGCGAGAACGGCGACACUGGCGAGAUCAAGCUUGCCAAGAGCGAGACGUAUCGUGACAAAUUUGAGCGGAACCACGAGGAUGUGUUCCGGCACAGCUGCGUGGACUUGGGCGAGCUGAAGCGAAUCAAGAUCUGGCACGACGGGAAAGGGCUCCUCAAGUCGUCGUCGUGGUACCUUGACCGUGUGGAAGUGAGCGACGACACGAACAACACCACCGUGUUCGUGUGCGACAACUGGCUGUCUAAGAAGCACGGCGAUAAGGCAAUUGAGCGCGAAAUCGACGCGUUUGUCGACCCGUCUGUUGCGCAGGCGCGCGCACAGGACUUGGAGCGCAAAGCGAAGAAGUUGGAGCAGCGCGCACGCUCAGCAUCAACCAAAGGCGCACCGUCACCGCUUAUGUCGCGGAAGAAGAAGAAGGAGCUCAAGGGCCUGCAGGAGAGCGCAGAUGCGGCGCGGGCAGAGGCGGAUGCAGCCGCAGACAAGGCGAAGAGGGCGCUGGCGGGGCCGGGCGCUGCUGAGGUUGACUACGUAAUCACCAUCAGGACAGCAGAGGAGAACAAGGGAUCAUCGACCAAGGACAAGGACAAGAAGAAGAAGACAAAGAGGAGCAGAAACAGGACAGGCAGCGGCGACAGUGAGGAGGAUGAGGAGGAUGAAGGGGAUGACACGCGUGGCGCUGAGAAGAAGGAGGCCACAAAGACGCCCAAGCACGUGUAUGUGGAGGUGUAUGGCGAGAAAGCAGCUCAGCAAACGGCCGCGCUGUCUGCGUCUGCCUCACCCAUGCAGAGCAAGCGACGACCUCGCUCCAUCUCCAACGCAUCUGUGUCGUCAACACCACCACCACGGUCGCCCCUGUCGAACGAGAGCAUGCCCACGUCCACGGGCCGGCUUGUGCUGCGUGUGGACGAGGGAGCGUUUGCCGCCGGGAGCGAAGAGACCAUCACGGUGCGCGGGGUUGAUGUGGGGCGCAUCACCAAGCUGAAGGUUGGGUUUGAGAUGGACGAUGCAGAGGAGAGCGAAGCAGAGGAAGACAAAGAGGAGGAUGAGGAGGAUGAGGACGAGGACGAGGAAGAGAAGAAGAAGAAGAAGAAGGAAGAGCAGAGGAAGAAGAGGGCCGCAUCUGCGAGCUCACGUCGAUCACGCCGACGAAAGCGUGGCAGCGAUGACGACGAGGAGGAGGAUGAUGAGAGCGAUGAAGAAGACGACAGCGAUGAUGAUGAUGAUGAUGAUGAUGAUGAUGAUGACGAGAAGAAGAAGAAGCGUCCACCGACUGCCUCUCGCCGCGCUGCUGAACGCAAGAAGGAAAAGGAGCAAAAGGAGAAGGAAGAAAAAGAGAAGGAAGAGAAGGAGAAAGCAAGGCAGGAGAAGCGGAGAAAGGCGAGGGAGCGUGAGCGUCAGCGCAACAAGAAGCGCGCAGCUGUGUCGCCGUUUGUGUGGCGGUUGGAGUCCGUGGUGGUGAAGGUGCCGGCCAAGGGAGAGCGGGCCGUGUUUGAGCGCAGCAAGGAGAAGUGGGUUCGUGCCAAGAAUAACCCCAACAACCGGCACCUGCUGUUGCCCUUGACAACUCUGGAUGAGCUGAACAAAAUGGUGGACUAUGAGCUGAUUGUCAAGACUGGCGACAAGAUGGGCGCUGGCACGUCCGCUGACAGCAUCCAGUUUGUGGUGUGCGGCGAGAAGGGCACAACCGAUACCAUUCGCCCUGCGGCAACGCACAGUUUUGACCGCAACAGCACCGUGCACAUGAACGUGCGCGAGCGAGACGUGGGGCUCGUGUCCAGCCUUCGCGUGAAGCAUCGCAGCCGUGGCCUGGGCGGUGCGUGGUUUCUCGACCGCAUCACGCUGCGCUGCCCGGAGAAGAACCUGGAGGCGACGUUUGUGUACGAGGCGUGGCUCAAGGCCAAGGAGGAGGAGCACGAUCUUCUUCCGCGCGAGCACGAUGACGGUGAUGAUGUGUCGAUGGCAGUCAGCUUGACCGGCAAUGGCGACGACGAUGACACGGCGUCUGUUGGCUCGCAGGCACUGCUCGGUCGCUCCACGGGCACCGUCAAGCUUCAGCUCAAGUCUUACAAGGUGUACGUGAAGACGGGCAAUGUCUCUGGCGCGGGCACAGAUGCGAACGUGAGCCUGGUGCUGUUUGGCGUGCGCGGCGAGUCACGCACGCUCAAGCUGACAAAGUCGGAAACGCACCGCGACAAGUUUGAGCGCGGGCACACGGAUGUGUUUGAGGUUGAGGUGCCGGACUUGGGCCAGCUGACGCGGUGUCGCAUCUGGCACGACAGCGCACGCCUGUACCCGUCGUGGUUCCUGGAGGAGGUGUCUGUGGUGGAGGUGGACACGCAGUCGUCGUAUGUGUUUCCCUGCUACAAGUGGCUGAGCAAGAGCAAAGCAGACAAGCAGGUGGUGCGGGAGCUGCUGUGUGCCGACGCAGACUACCGCGCGCGCACCGGCACGUACAAGGUGACAAUCCACACAGCAGACACCGACGAUGCGGCAACAACAGCGCAGGUGAUGGUGACGCUGAUUGGCGAGGGCGAGCGACGCCAUGCGCUCGUGCUGCCGUCGGUUUCCGGACAGCACUUCCAGCGUGGGGCUGUGGAUGACUUUGUGUUUGAGGACAUCCCACUUGUCGGAAGCGUGCGCGGGUGUGUGUUGGAGCUGUUUCCACCAGAGGGCAAGCGCAAGGUGGUGCCGUGGCGCGUUGACCACGUGGAGGUGGCUGAGCUGAGCUCGGGCGACUCUGUCACGCUGUUUAACACGCAGAAGAAGAAGACGAAGAUUGAAGAGGUUGCCACGUUCAAGACGAAAGACGCCCUCAACCGUGCAGACACGGAGCGCAGCGUGCAGGCUGUGCAAUACGAGGUGCACGUGUUCACGGGCGACAUUCGCGGCGCUGGCACCGAUGCGAAUGUGUUCAUGACGCUGUAUGGCGAGAACGGGAACACGGGCGAGCGGGAGCUGACGCGAUCGAAGACUUACAGCAACAAGUUUGAGCGCAAGCACGAGGAUGUCUUCGACGUUGACGCUGUCGAUCUUGGCGCCCUCACCAAGCUGUCAAUUCGGCAUGACAACUGGGGGCUUGGCGGGGACUGGUUUCUUGACCGCAUUGAGGUGUUGAAUCCCAUCACCAACACCACCACCACGUUCCCUUGCUCCGAGUGGCUCAGCAAGAAGCGCGGCCUCUCCCGUGACCUCACACCAGCAUAAACAUGUUGCAUGUGUGUAGUGUGCAGUGAGCGGGUGGGUGAGUGGGUGAGUGGGUGAGUGUGUAAUUGAGAGAGAGAGAGAGUGUGUGUGUG